GGUCAAACGGGCUAAGUGGAUUGAGUCCGUAGAGUCCUCCCCGCAGCCUCUCCUUUUAUAAAUACUACUCCAUAUCCCCCAACCCUACUCCAUAUCCCUCACCGCUCCUAACCUUCCACUCUCUUCCAACCCAAACUCCAGUGCUACCCACAGAAAAGGAGGUCAAGAAAACAAAGAGAGAUAUCAACAAAACUAAAUUAAUCUAAACACCACCACCCCUUCAUCUCUCCCUUCACUAGCUAUGGGCAGGUCUCCUUGCUGCGACAGGGCUCACACCAACAAGGGUGCAUGGACUAAGGAAGAGGACCAGCGCCUCAUCGCCUACAUCAGGGCCCACGGCGAAGGUUGCUGGCGAUCCCUCCCGAAAGCCGCAGGCUUGCUUCGAUGCGGCAAAAGUUGCCGCCUUCGUUGGAUAAACUACCUCCGGCCGGACCUCAAGCGAGGCAACUUUACCGAGAAGGAGGACGAGCUCAUCAUCAAACUCCAUGGCUUGCUUGGAAACAAAUGGUCUCUAAUAGCCGGGCAAUUACCUGGUCGGACCGACAACGAGAUCAAAAACUACUGGAACACCCACAUCAGGCGUAAGCUCAUCAGUCGGGGGCUCGACCCCAACACCCACCGUCCGCUCACCAUAGAUACCCAACUCAACACCUCCACCCAGCCACAAUUGGCCACCAUGACGACCGAGGUAGCCUCAAAGCCGGUGACCGACAUGAUUGAGGAUGAGCACAGCAGUGGGAUCAGCACCACCGAGGACAGAUGCUUAGACCUCAACCUCGAUCUCUCAAUCAGCCUUCCUAACACUUCUUCGAAGCCGUCAACUUCAUCAGAGGUCUUGAUGCCACCCACAGCAGCAGAGGCCAGAACACCAACUUCAGUGCCACCUUAUACACAAACCAUUUGCUUAUGUUACCAUUUGGGGUUCCAAAGCAGUGAAGCUUGUAGUUGCCAAGCAAAUUCUAACCCAUAUUUUCUUAGAUUCUAUAGACCCUUGGAAGAGGGGCAACACAUGGAAUAGUUUGUAUUCAAAUUUCUACCAGUAAAGGAGAGUAGCUACGUUCUCAGAUUC